AUGGAGCAAAUUUUUGAUAAUAGGAAAUUGAAUGUUAGUGUAAGAACAGUGAGGUGGGGUGAGGGUAUACUGUUCUUCGCAAAGGAUGUGGCGGAAUCACUUGGAUACGCCGAUCCUAAAAAAGCAGUUCAAACACAUGACAGGAAGCAAAAUAAGACAACCGUAGAGGACCUGAAAAUAGGGGGUGAAUCGCCCCCAAUUUGCAAAGGACAUCCGAAGAGGGUUUUACUGUACGAACCUGGUCUAUACCAACUGGUUUGCAGUUCAAGACUUCCGAUAGCUGAAGCCUUUCAGGACUGGGUAUUCGGUGAGGUGCUUCCAUCUAUCCGUAAAACGGGCUCAUACAAACUACCAGAACGCGAGCCACUUUGCGGUAAACAAAUGAUGCUAACUAAUGAAACAGACCUCCACUAUUCAGUUGUAAAGUACAUGAGAGAGUACCACCCUGAAGUACUAGUAGUACCGGGAUUAGGAGAGUACCAGGAGACUUCAAGUAAAAGAUGUGAUGCUUGGAAGAAGGGUUACAGAGGCGGACAACCUGAUCUAAUAAUAAUGACUCCAAGUAACGGUCUAACCAAUUCGAGCAACACUUUCUUAUCAAAACCUUGA